AUGAUUAUCGGCGCCGACGUCACACACCCGGCGCCCGCAGACAAGUUGGAGACAUCGGUGGCCGCCUGUAUCGGCUCCAUAGACGCCGAUCACUGCAAGUACUCGGCGUCUAUUAGGGCUCAGGAGAGGUCUACCAAAGCACAGGCCGUGGAGAUGAUAAUGGACUUCGAGGGCAUGAUUAAGGAACUGCUGGAUGAGUACCGCAAAGCGCAGGGAGCUCUGCCCAACCAUAUCAUCUAUUAUAGGGAUGGGGUGUCGGAGUCCCAGUUCGAGCAGGUGUUGGACUACGAGCUCCAGAAGCUUCGCGACGCGUGUCUGGCCAAAGGGAUUACGGCACCCAAACUGACGUUCAUUACGGUCCAGAAGCGACACCACACGCGCUUUCGUCCCGAGAACCCCCAGCGCGGUAUGGGCCCCAAGAAUAACAUACCGCCCGGCACUGUAGUGGACAGUCACGUCGUGCACCCGACCGACUUUGACUUCUACCUGUGCUCUCAUGUGGGCAUUCAGGGUACGUUCCGUCCCUCGCAUUACUACGUACUGCACGACGACUACCGCUUUAGCGCCGAUGAGCUCCAGAAGCUCUCGUACUACCUGUGCUACCUAUACGCCAGGUGCGAUACGCCGAUCAGCAUACCGGCACCCGUAAUGUACGCUCAUUUGCUGGCAACCCGUGGCCGCGAAUACAUCGUCGAACACCUACAGAGCGGUGCUGUCGGUGGUGGUGGUGGCGAUCGGCGCUCCCGUCCCCCUCGGGAUGAGACUGAGGCUCAGCGUAAGGCCCGUGAGAUCCAGUUGGCCCAGCAGUUGAAUGUACUGAUCAAAGUGGACCCGGCCAUCAGAAACGGGAUGUUUUUCUGUUAAGGGGAACGGGAUGUUGAGGGUGUAUGGGCUGAAUUAUACUAUGCUUUGGAAACGGAUUGUCUUUUUUGUUGAAUAAUUUUUUUUUCUCGCAUUCAAUAUAUGCUCACAAAUACUGUGUUCACAGACUGUGUUAGCGAUUUCAGUGAUGGCCAGACCCUAAAAGUUGGCCCGUUUUUGUAUGUGUGUGGGGACAGGCUGUUAGGG